AGACAGUGUGUGUGUGUGUGUGUGUGUGUGUGUGUGUGUGUGUGUGUGUGUGUGUGUGUGUGUGUGUAUUCAAUGACUGAUGGCGUGUGACUGCACGUGUGCUAGAACAUUAGGAGCAGAAGAAAACCGAUGUACAUCCUGAAGACGCUUUGACUCGGAGUAUUGUCCUCUGGAUUUCUCUCUAGGACACAGAGUUACCUGAGCAUCAGAAGAGGACGUCCUUUGCAUCUUGAAGAUAAACCAAAUGCUGAACAAAGGAAGCAGACAAAGUUCUUAGAAGAUCAGCACGGUGUUCUCCAAGGCCUCCAAGCGUGGAUUCGGGGAGACGGACGGAAUACUGAGAAGCAGAGUAUCAUUGGAAAGGAUUGAGAGAUGGAGAUACUGAGAUCUAGAAGUUUCCUUCCAGAAAGGAAUUCCAUCUGCCUUGUCCUGAUCAUCAUGUUCAGUGUGUACUGGACAGCAGAGGCUCUGGAGAUGAACACCGGUAAGGUCCCAUUUUUGGAGGCGGUGAACGGGAGCGACGUUCUGCUGCCCUGCACCUACAUCAGCUGCAUCGGCAUCGACAGGCUUUACUUCAAAUGGGAGUAUAACGACAACGGCACCAUGGUGAAGGUGAUGGACUCUGUGGUCCCGACGGAUCAUGCUGAGCCGGUAAACAAGCAAAUCUACAGAGAACGUGUGGAAUUCAUGGGAAACAGUAAGACGAACAAUGUGUCCAUUAUGAUCUGGAACGUGACCUUUGAGGACGCUGGUCAGUACACAUGCUUUGGAAAGAACCCGAAAGAGAUGGGCAAGAACCACAGCGCCAUCUUCACACUCUCCGUAGUCGAGGAACUACGAGUGGUGGAUAACACUCUGACCAAGAUCAUCGUGUCGUGUAUAGGAGGCUGCAUAGCCCUGCUGGUGAUCUUCAUGUUGCUGAAGAACUUGACGCUCUUCGUCCUUGCCAAGCUCGAGGAGAAAAAUAAGGAGUGCCUCGUCUCCUCAGGGAUUGAUAAUACGGAGAACGGACUGUCCGGCACCAAAGCGACUCCCAAACCUACACCGAAGAAACCUUGAGAGUGACACACACACACACACACACACACACACACACACACACACACACACACAUUUCUAUAUCUGAAUGCAAUGUACAGCGUAACUCAGCAGUUGGAACUGCAUGAAGCUAUUUUGAGUUUCAGAAGUAUUUAAUCCUUCAUUAAUAUUUCUAAUAAUUUGUCGAUUUACUUUUUUGCUCAGAUUAAAACAAGGUGCCUGUAGACGCUUUUGUCGCCACCUAUGGGUGGGGAGGACUGCACUAAUGCAAUACACAUGUGCACACACCACACGAAAAAAGAAGUAAUGUGAUGCAAUUAAAACAGAAUGCAAACCAAAAAACCCCCUUUAGAUACGUGUAGAUGCUGCUAGCGGAUCACUUGAAAAUGCCUAGAAUAUAGUUUUUAUUUUGAGAGCAUGGCGACAGCCGAACAUUCACUCACCUUAGCGCUAUACAAUUUAAAUACACGAUAUACUGUAUAACAAAGUUACUAUAGCAGUAGCGGAGAUUAAGUAGUCAAUUUUUCUAUGAAAUAAUAACAAAAUCAAAAGGUAUUAAACUUAGACAGGCUGUAUUGUAAUACAAACUCAUGCUUUAAAUACUAAAAUAGAAAACUAACGAUCCUAACUUAGCAAAACAGAAAUGAAUGCAAUAAGCCAAUUUCAAUCAGCAUGAGCUCAUAUAGAAUAUAGAAAUAUAUAGAAGUAUAUGGGUUUGGCCCGUGUUAUGCAUCCACACAUCAUGCGUAGUAGUUUAUACUAAAUACUGAAUUUUAUUUCUAUUGUUCAAUUUUGUUGUUGGGCAAAACUCCAGAUGUUUUACCACUGGAAAAGGAACUGAAUAUAGAAAGUGAAUCUAGGAACCUUUUAACUCAAGUGUGAUACAAUGUAGGUUCAGUACAUGGAUUUCAAAAUAUACACCUUAUUUUCUGUUUUUAUCUUCUGAUUUUAAUGCUUUAAGGUCAACACAGCAAUGAUCCUGAUAUCAUAUCGAUACUUUGAAUACCAGUAUUGAUACUUACUUUCAAAUAUCAAUCUGACCUGGAACUACUCCUUCUCCCACCGUCAACAUGUCCCUCAGCCAUGUAUCCUGGAAUCACUGAGCCAUCAUUUUCUGAGAGGAAUUCUUGUUUCCAAAAGCAGGAGAGUCGAUCAGUCAAAGAAGAAACAGAAACAGACUCAAGGCAACAAGAGAAGAAAUGUAGUUUGUUUAUUUAAUACUAUUUCCAGUACUUUUGAUAGUAAAGUGCCUGUAAAACUUCAGUUUAUUAGAGAGACACUAUUAACAUUUAUUUUAACCAAACAAAUCUAGAACUAUCCAGUUGUUCCACUUUAUUUUCAAUGAAAAAAACGCACUCUCAGCAUCGGACAUGUUCGUGCCUAAGAAAAUUCAGCUGAAAUACUUUGCUAUGCCUCUUGGAAAACUUCAUGUUGUUCAUUAGUGGGAGAUUUUUUCUUGUGAUGCAGUUCAUCCCAGAGCAGGUCGUUCUAUGAUAGAUAUCACGCCAGACCACUGUUUGCUCUCUAUAUGACGCUUUACAAAACUCGGACUGUUUCAUUGCCUAGUUUGGUCUAAUGUUUCUCUCAAAAACCAUGAAGACUAAUUGUUUCCACCCUUUUGACAAAAAUUGUAUUGGCUGUACCUACUUGGUAAUGUCAAAAGUACAAGUGCAACAACUGAGCAAUACUUUAAAGUUUGUACACUUUGUGUCUCUCGUGAGUAUAUUUGACAAGAGUAUUGGAGGUUGUAGUGGGAAGUGUAGUUCAUGGCAGCCAUGUUUGAUAUUGCGGUCGGCGGUGGCUUUCUGGGAAAUGGAGUUGUUUUGUCCUCACUGUUUUCUUGAUCUUGAUAUUUUUUUCCACCAUUGGGGUGAAAGACUUAAACCAGGGCUCUUCAACCUUUUAUAACUGAACAAUACAAUUUUUAAACAUUUUUUGAACGGUUAUCAUUAAUUGACAUAAAAAUUGCCAAAUGAUCUCUCUCUCCAUAGCGACUGCAAAGAACAACUGUUUUACGAAGGCUGAUUUGUAUUUUUCUCACCAUUUCUUGGUCAAUUCUUACCUCCUAAUUUAAAACAACGUUUCAAGGGAUGCGAGUUUAACAUUCAUUAAUAACAAGCUCUUAAAAAAGCGUACAAUAAAUGAUAGUUUAAUAUCUAUUAUUGACAAUUUCCCCAAAACAUUCUUCUGAGAUCAGAUUCUAUUACGUCAUGUCUUUUAACUCUUUUUUUGACCAUAGUGUAAAACCAGACGGUCUCAAAUGCCGGGUUGUGACCCAGAAUCAGGCAGUGGAAGAGUUGCUACUGGGUCGUAAAUUGGCGUUUGGGGACCUCUGGGUGAAAAAAUUCAUUAUAAAACAUGUCAGAAUACAGUAGAAUCCGUUCUCAUAGUUAUGCAGAAGAACUCCGAUUACAGUUCAGGUUCUGUGUACAUACACUUUAUAUUAAAUUAAUUUAUUACAGCAAAAAAAACACCUUGUGAUUAAUUUCAGUUUCGAACCUCGCUCAUGACGCCUGAUGCACUUUUUCCUCGUUUUAUUUACACUAAGUGAUUCUAGCUCAGUUUGUAGUAUAUAGUAAGCACUGUAUUAAAAGAAAAUCCAACCAAAAGAAGGAGAGGAUUCCUGUUACUGUGAUCCUUCAGCAAUAAACUAAAAAUCGUACUGUAGCUAUGAACCAAACGAUCGAAAGUUGGAUUCGGUGAUGAAUGAGUGAAUGAAUGCAGGGGGAGGGGGGGAUCUAUAUAGUGUGCCAAUAAUUAUUGCAAAUCUUAAAAUAUGUGAAUGUGAGACCUUUUAUUCGGCAGAUAUAACAAGGGGACAAACAACUGCAAAGUCGGAUCAGAGGUCGAAACUAACCGACGGUGUAUAGUAACGUCAUUACAAAAUGCAAUUAUUUGGUUAUUCAUUUAUUUAUUUGACCAUCUUUCAAGACAAUAUAUAUAUUUUUUUUUUUAAAGUUUAUGCUGAUGACAUCAUUUGAAAAAAUGUUUUCAUUUGUGCACGAUGCCGUGUCAGUGACUGGAUGCAGUAAAUUAAGAAGUAAAAACAAUUUUUUUUUUAAUGCCUGGUUAUUUUUAUUAAAAAAAGAAAAAAUUAUAAUAAUUCUGGGUACAGAUGACAUUGAGAAUUGACAUUGUAAAUUAUUUUCAAUAAAUAGAUAUACAAAUGAACAAUAAAACUAACAAAAAUGAAAACAGUGGCUAAAAUCCAACAAUUUAUUUAUUUAUUUAUUUAUUUAUUUGCUUUUCCCUUGAAUCCCAGUUAACAAUCCCCCCGAGAAAAUCCAUGUACACUCAAUUCCUUUCAAUCUCUUUAUUGAAAUAUUAAUUCCUGAUCAUUUCCCCGAGUAACAGAGCUAAAACACAAGCCAUGGUACAACCUUUGUGUCUGUAUUGUAAACACUACAAAAAUCUGAACACUCAAA